UGAGAAAACCUACGUUUGUCUCACUUUAACUUAACGCACCAGUUCAGCAGUGCAGACAAAACGAACAGGCCUUAUGUUUACCUGUGUGUUUUACCACGCGUAUAUAUAAAUCGCCGUUGGUUACUGCUACUGCUGUCAUAAACAAAUCUUCUAACGCUAAAUACAUACUAAUGUAUGCCGUUGAGUUGCACUUUCGAAACAGAAAAGUACGAGUGAACGCAAGUCAAGGUGAAGAUAAAUCGCUCGCAAGAAAUAUUGACCCAAGGAGUUUUCAAAGAAACUAGGUUAAGUUUGGUGAGGCAACUCUGAGAGACAAACAUCAAACGUCCUUACAUAGUUAAAAUGACGUUGCCCGGUAUUGGAGUAUUCGGAACGGGAAGUAUCGUAAGGAUUAUAAUACCAUUUUUGCGAGAAAAGGGCUUCAGAAUCGAGGCUAUAUGGGGUCGUACUUUAGCCGAGGUCUCAGAGGUGGCGAAAGAUCUGGCGAUACCUUUUCAUACCAGUGGAAUAGACGACGUCCUCCUCAGGAAGGACGUGGAUCUCAUCUUUAUAAUGUGCUCGCCAAGUUUGCACUCGCAGAUCGCCGUGAAGGCCUUAGGUAUCGGAAAGCAUGUUGUAUGCGACAAACCUGCAGGCUUAAGUCAAAGCGAGGCUUUGAAGAUGGUACGAGCUGCACAAUAUUAUCCCUCGUUAAUCAGCAUAGUUAAUCACAGUUUGAGAUUCUUGCCAACCUUCGUGUACAUGAAGAAGGCUCUGGAAGAUGGAUAUCUAGGUGGACCGGUUACAGUUAUAGAAGUGAGAGUACACAUGGGAAGUUUGUUACACAAUGGAUAUGAUUGGCUGUGUGACGACACAAUGGGUGGAGGGAUUCUUGCAUUAGUAGGCAGUCAUGUUAUAGAUCUCAUCUCUCAUUUAACAGGUCAACGAGCAACCAGAGUACACGCUGUUGUGAAAACGUUCACUCAAACAACCAAAUAUAUCAAUGGUAUCAGGCACGUCACGUCGCCGGAUUUCUGUAGCUUUCAGAUGGAGUUAAGCGGUGGUACCUUAGUAACAGCUACUCUGAGCAAUCAUUUACAAGGACAGCUUUCUCAAGAAGUGUUGAUAUGUGGUGGUGGAAAUCAUAUGGUUGUACGUGGCGGCGAUUUAUACGGCUGUCGCGCGGGACAAGAAGAAAUUUUAUAUCGCGACAUGGACGAUCUACAAGAAAUAACCAUACCGAUCGCAGACUCCAUCCCUAGGCCAUACAUCAAAGGACUGAGAAAAAUGAUAGCAGCACUGAGAGAGGCCUUCCAAUCUGUAGAAGACAAGAAAGGUUGGAUCAAAGAGCCAGUAUUCUCCGCAUCUACGUUCGACGAUGGUCUCUAUGUGCAAGCAGUUAUCGAUGCACUACGUCAGAGUAAUAGGCAGCGUGAGUGGGCCAAAGUGAAUAUGCUAACGGAGGAACCAGACCCGAAUCCUGUGUUAAGCGCUGCUGUCAGAGCUACCGCUAUUUCGAUAUAAAAAGACUGCUUUGUGAAAACUGAUUAUUGCUAGUAGAAAAAUCUGCCAUCUUAUCACACAUUCUAGAGACUGUACAUCGGUAGACCAAACGCGAAUAUUUUUAAAGCAGCUAUUGCCAUUGGUUUCUAUUUAUCUAUCAUUUAAUUUAUAUUUCAUUUUUGUUACGAUGAUAUUAAUAUAUAUAUAAUGAGAGGACUGUUGCAUUGUACA